AUGGUGAUUCUGGAUCAGCACGACCCGUCAACAGCGAAAGCGGAUGCUAAAGACCUCAAGCCAAUUGAUUACGCCAAAUACGCGAUCAACGACCACUUGCGGCCAAUGGCUAACGCAGCUGGCAUGCACAACCUCCAUCAAGAAGGAAUAAAGAAAGGCAGACUAGUUGAACUACUGACAGACUGGGAUCUACAAAACGUCCCGCUCAUGGCGGCUCUGCUACCGCGCUCGGACAAGGCCACUAAAUCCGCCAUCCCUAAGCAGGUCGUCUCAACACGAAAGAAGGCCGAUAUCGAGCCAGCGGAGUCGAAGAAGCGCAAGGCUGUGCCAACUAAAGUCACAGCAUCCAAGAAGCCCCGGAACGAUGCCAACGCUCCUCCAGGGGACCACAACGUCGCAACGGAGGACCGAGGCGAACCAGAUGACGGCGACUCCCUUCCACAAGCUGCUGUCGAGGGCGGCACGCCAACUCGAACACUGGCUCAGCCGCGAACGCGUCUCCGCAAGCCUCGAAACCUUCAACCGCUUGCUACCGAGACGGACCUCGAAGUAAACAAGGGCAUGGCUGCACUGGCGCUGAGGGAGUUUGGGGAACACAAAGGCGGUAUUACGGACGAUGCAUUGGCCCACAACCGCGAAGAAGACGACAAGAGGCUCGAGACUCAUGUUGAAGAGGUGCAAGUGCCAGCUUCAGGGCGACAUCGUACUAAACGGCAAGCGACUAGGAGCGGGAAAGGCAAGAAGAAGAACAGCAAGGCUGGCACAACGAAAGAGAUGCUCAACAAAGAUGGCACGCUAAAGACUGCUAAACAACUUGAGGAGGAGCAGCGUCUGAAAGAUGAAGAGGAGGAAAAGAAGCUGCACGAAGCGCGCUCACUAGGUCACUACUCAGACCCUAUCCUCGCAAAGCAGUUUCGUGUCGUGCACAAGACAGUUCGAGCUCCCCUGGACGGACACAUCCGACCUGGUGUCAAACCUGCACCUACUGAUCAGCUGGGCUCAUGGCGUCUGCACGAGCGUCUCAUGAAUCAGGCAAAAGAAGAAGGGAAGGACCUAGAUCUCUGGAUGGGUGGCGGAGCGUCGCCAUCAAGGAACGAUUUUGAAGAGGACAUUUACGAAGAAUGGUAG